AUGGCAGACGAUACAACAGGGAAUAUGUCCCAAGUAUCAAAUAUCCCGAUUCCUGAGAAAUUCGAUGGGGGAAAUGGCCCAAAACAAGGCGACUUGUGGCCGAAGUGGAUACGCCGGUUUGAACGCUACAGAAUUUCCUCGGGGCUUAAUAAUAAAUCGGAUGCUGAACAAGUAUCUACAUUACUGUAUGCGAUGGGUGAAUGCGCUGAUGAUAUCUUGAAAACGCUACAAAUUGACGAGGACAAAGCUUCGUACGAAGAAGUCAAGUCAGCACUCGAGAAUCACUUUUCUGACAGAAGAAACGUACUUGUUGAGCGUGCUCGCUUCAACCGAAGGGUUCAACGCACUGGGGAGCCAGUGGAUACAUUCAUCCAGGAUCUCUACAAAAUUGCAGCAGAUUGUGAGUAUGGAACAUUAAGAAACGAAUUGAUUAGAAUUAUUGUAGGGGUUGUAGACGAUUCACUCUCAGACCGCCUCCAGUCUAAGCCAAAACUGGCGUUGCAAGAAGCAGUGCAGAUUGCCCAUCAAGCAGAGGAACGAAAACAUAACAGAGAUGUAGUGAGAGGGGAUGCCACAAAGUCUAGUGAUGUUUAUUAUGUCCGAAAUGGGGCCCAAACCAAGGGGAGAUAUCACAAGCAAAAUCCUCGUCCCCAGGAAACUAAGGGUCCCCAUACACCACUUAAGAAAUCAGGGGAUAAAUGUAAUUGGUGUGGCCACGAGAAGCAUGACCGUAAAGUUUGUCCAGCAAG